GCUGGGGGCCCAGGGUGCACCCCAGUCCAAGCUCCCCCAGCCACACACAGCCCUCGGUGCCCGUGUGCUGGGUGCUUGGGAGGGUGCACCCUGGAGGAUGCAGGCAACCAGCUGGGGCCGUACAAGGGUCCAUGGGUGUUCCCGGCUGCAUUUGGCUGUAAGAAUGUGCUGCACUCAUCUCCUCAGGAAAUACCUGGCACUUGGCUAGGUCACCCGGGCUUUGCAGGUCUCUGGUAGCCAAGAUGCAUUUGCUGACUUGGCUGUAAAAUGCCGACAAUGGCCGUGUGGCCCCCAAGGGGCCAGCCGAGCCUCAGUGAUUAAGGUCGGGGCCAGCGUCAGGGUCUCCCCGUCAGCGGCAGGAAUGGCGGUAGUUCCCCUCCCACGGGUUGCCCAGUGGGCAUUAAAUGAGUAAGAGCCGCCAGAUGCCCGCAGUGGUGCGUGUCACCUGCUUAGAGCACACAGGCCCGUCCCCGAGCAGGCGCUGGGCGCUGUGCUGAGGGAGUGGACAGAAGCUAACCCGCUGUGGCCGUGGCUCGCAUCGGUGCCCUGCCCUGUGUUCGCAGGUUGCCUGCCCUCCACCCCGGACUGAGCCCAGGAAGCUGGGUUCCUGUGAUGCAGCGUGUGUCACCCCUGCACUCAGUGGCAGCUGCUGGUGGCGGCCCCAAGGGCAGGGGGCUAGGGAGCUGACCAUCCAGCCCUGCGAGCAUCGCCAGGAGUGCCAAGGCCCCAGGGAUUGCAGGGGGCCUGUGGGAGGGGCCAGGGCCUCACAGGCCGGGUGGGCCUUUGGGUUAGGAGUAGGGCCCCCACAUUUUGAGCUGUGGGGUAGGCUGGGCGUAGGGGACCAGCGAACUGCUCUGCUGGAGAGCACAUUAGGGGCCAUGGGCACAGGUGUUGGGCAGGGAGAAUGUAGGGGACGUGAUCCAGAGCCCCUCCAGCGCCGGGCCAGCUGCCCAGCUCCUCAGGGAAGGCUGUGGCCCACUGGAGCCCGCUUCCUGGAGCCAGGCCGCCCCGGGGGAGGGGUGUUUGCCCGUUGCCAGGCGCCCGGGUUCCAGACUGACUGCGGCCAUGCUGCUCACACCGCCCUUCCUGCUCUACCUGCUGCUGGCCAUGCCCACCCCCUCCCACCCCUGGGCUCGGCCCCUGUGGUACCAGGUGGGGCUGGACUUACAGCCCUGGGGGUGCCAGCCAGAGAUCCCGGAGGGUUGCAGGGGCAGCCUGGGCUGCCUCAGCCACUGGGUGGGCCUGGGGGUGAACUACAUCUACCCUGUGGCUCUGGCCACCCUCGUGGCCGCCCUGGUGCUGGCGAUCGGGUGGGUCCUGCAGAGGUGCUUGCGGGCUGCGGCCAAGGCUGAGCGUCCUUCGGUGACCGCGGACCCCACUGGACCUUGGAAACGGCGAACCCCGAUCUGUUCCGACCGCGCCGUACUCUGCAGGGCCCUUCAUAUGCUGGAUGCCCUCCUGCUCCAAAUUGAGGGCCACCUGUGGCAUCAAGCCAGCCAGCAGAGGCCCCAAAUAAAGGGGACUCCUGCCCAGAGCGGGUGACCCGACCAACGCCUCUCUCUGCCUGGUGGCCAGUCGGGGUGGGGACGGCCUGAGGCGCUGGGCCUUCUCUGCUUUUAGAGCCAGCAGGCCUGGUGAGGCCUCGCGCCCAGGCCACAAGCUGGCUCAGGCUGCUCCGCGGCCCCCACCAACUGACCCCUCCUCCCCAAGUUCCCGCCCACAAAUACAGCUGCCACCCUGGGGCUCCUCAGGGCCCCCAGUGUCGUGGGAGGAGAUGGACCCUCAGGGCACACGUGGGUGGUCCAGGUUGGGUUCCCCAAGGAGAAAAAGGGCCUUCACCCCUUCCCCACCUCCCUUCUGCUGUAGCUGGUCCAGCUUGAGUGGGUGCUGAGACGUGCAUUUCUAUAAUCUCUGUUUUAUAAAAAGUAUAACAUUAUGAAUUCAAAAAUAGAAAAGUGAAUUCGAAUAAUGAGAAAAGAAAUCAUGAGAGAUUACAAAUGA